GCGCGGGCGGCGCGGGGCGGGGCGCGCGUCCUCGCGGGUUUGAAUGGAAGCGGCCCGAGCGGGGACGGCGGCGGCGGGCGGCUCCUGAAGCGGGAGACCGAGCUCCGCCCCGGCCCCGGGCCCGCGACAUGCGGCGGGAGAGGUGCGGCGCCCCCCGCCCGCGUGCCGGCCAUGGAGGUGCUGCGGCGCUCCUCCGUUUUCGCCGCGGAGAUCAUGGAUGCCUUUGACCGAUCACCCACCGAUAAGGAGCUGGUGGCCCAGGCCAAGGCGCUGGGCCGGGAGUUCGUGCACGCGCGGCUCCUGCGCGCCGGCCUCGCCUGGAGCGCGCCCGAGCGCGCGGCCCCGGCCCCGGGCGGCCGCCUGGCCGAGGUGUGCGCGGUGCUGCUGCGCCUGGGAGAUGAGCUGGAACAGAUCCGGCCCAGUGUGUACCGCAAUGUGGCACGCCAGCUGCACAUCUCCCUACAGUCGGAACCUGUGGUGACGGAUGCGUUCCUGGCUGUGGCAAGUCACAUCUUCUCUGCAGGCAUCACAUGGGGCAAGGUGGUGUCUUUGUAUGCGGUAGCUGCGGGGCUGGCUGUGGACUGUGUGCGGCAGGCCCAGCCUGCCAUGGUUCACGCCCUGGUCGACUGCCUGGGGGAGUUUGUGCGCAAGACCCUGGUGACCUGGCUGAGGAGGCGUGGAGGAUGGACUGAUGUCCUCAAGUGUGUGGUCAGCACGGAUCCCGGCCUUCGCUCCCACUGGUUUGUGGCGACACUCUGCAGUUUUGGCCGCUUCCUGAAGGCUGCCUUCUUCCUGCUCUUGCCAGAGAGAUGAGCUGCCCAUCUGGUCAGGGGUCACAGCCUGGACCCCUGGCACUGGCCUGGGAGGUCUGCAGAACCUGAGCCCAGUUCCUUUUGCAGACCCCAGCCUCUGGGAGGGGUGGGGGAAGAAGGCAUUUUUUGAGCUUAACAUAUUGAGUUUGGAGCAGUGCUACCUGUGGCCCUUCUGGAAUCUUCCAGAAAGUCAGGGUCAGUUCCAGGCCACAAAGGAAGGGAUUUGGCAAGACCACUCUUAUUUGAUGCCCUAGGCCCUAGUCUGGGAAGGGCCAUCUUAGGACACGAACUGGCCUCGAUCCUUUUGGGUGGCAGGCCCUGAACAUUUCAUUUGAGGGUGAUGUGGCCUGACAGAAGCAGGAGCCAUGGUUUACUGGUGUGUAAGCAGAAUAUACCAUUCUUUACUGGUUGCUUAGGCCAUUUUUAGAGGGAGCAUGUGUCCCCAGCCGAGAUGGGCUCUGUGUGGUGGGGACCUGGGGUAUGGGGCUUGGAUCAGCGUGCCUGACAGAAGAAUGUGAGGAGGCUGGGCAGCAGAGUUGGAUCCUAGUAAAACUUUACCCAGUGAA